UAGAUUCAACUGAGUACGUCUUUGACUACCUAAUGACGACCUUAUCUGCUAUCAGGACAUCCAUUUUGUUAACAGGUGUGGAUUGAUGCGUUUCUAAUUCCGAAAAUCUUAAAACGAUGAACAACUUAAAAGAAGUAGAGGAACUGAGACCCGAUAGCACUUCUGGCCUGAGUCAAUCGGAUGUAGAAGUAGAUACAGCAAUUUCUUCCGAAGUUUCCAAUAAGCAAAGCAGAAGAUUAUUAAGAACACCGAAAUGUGCAAGAUGUCGUAAUCACGGCGUUGUAUCCUGUCUAAAAGGGCACAAAAGAUAUUGCAGAUGGAGAGACUGUCAAUGUCCGAAUUGUUUGUUGGUAGUAGAAAGGCAACGCGUCAUGGCCGCUCAAGUAGCUCUAAGAAGGCAACAAGCUACUGAAGGCAAAGACACGACAGAUAAACUUAAAACAGCGGAAGCUAUAUUGGAACAGAAGAGGAUGUAUCAACGACAUCUGAGAAAUUUACAAAAGAGUACAAUAUCUAGAGAAUUAUUACAAAAUUACAGAUUGAAGUUAUAUCAGUUGUCGACAGCUAAUCCACUAAGACCAGUUCUACCCCACUUAAGCGAUCGAAUGAGAAAAAGAAGAUGUUUCGCAGAUAAGGAACUGGACGCUAUAACUUUCGACAGAGAAGAUCAACUUUCGUCUCAAUAUUCGAAUAUUACGUGGGGCCAACCAUCCGUCCAUUCUCAUCCGCCUUAUGAAUAUUCGGAAUCCGUCCAUCCGCAUUUAUCAAUCGCCUGGCAUCCAUACUAUCCUUCUUCCGUCCUGUCAAAUCGCCAACUGUGUUAUCAAACACCACAAAGUAUCACCAACGAAAACGGUUACCGAUCUCAUUUGAAUUCGUAUUAUCAUCAUCAGUUAACGUCGACAGUUUAUGGAACAUCGGCCUCGUUACCGAUGCUAGCUCCCCUAGUGCCAGUAAACGAAACUAAUCAGAAAUUAUGUUGCAAGAACGCGGAAGAGGAAUUCGAAUCGAAGAGAUGCGAAAGAUCGCGUUUAAUAUCAUUUUCUGUUGAAUCGAUUAUAGGAAGAAAAUAA